UGAAGAUGAGAAAGCACUUAUCCUCCAUUGCCAAUCACCUCCUCCAAAGAUGUUCUCAGAUAGAGGGCAGAACAGUGGAGGAUCUGGUGAAGGAGUUUGAGAGAGGAUUGAAGCCAGAAUUGCAAGGAGAAGCAGAGAAAUACUACUCAAAGAAAUUAGUUGAGUUUUGUAGCUUAAAAGCUGUUGAAAAACUAUGUGGCUGCAUUGGGGAGAAGAUCUCUGAUGAAUCCUUCUCUCGUUUGUCAUUUGAUAUGAUGCUUUCUUGGGAGAAUCCAUGUUGCAGUGAUGAAGACCAAAGUUCCCAUUCAGAAAACAUUGCAAAGGAGGAGGAGGAUAGAAAGGAACAAAGUGGUACUGUUGAAGAUGAUGUUCCUCUUUUCUAUUCAGAUAUUAUGCCAUUAUUAGUGGAUGAAGAGAAGAGUGUUGGUGAAGAUGCAUUUGUAUGGUUGGCAUCUUUGCUUCCUGUUAUAGCUGAUGUUGUUAAUGCCCGGUUUGCUUUUGAAGCAAUGACGGCGUCCACAGCGAAUCGUCUUCAUUUUCCGGCUUAUGAUAGAUAUCUCAAAGGAGAUUCACAAAUGUACAAAUGCAUCGAAUACCUGCAGAAACAAGCGCCACCGACAGGUUUUGAGCUAGCAGACGAUGAGUUCAUUUUACACAUUGAAGGAACUGCAAGAACGCAGAGAGUGAUACGCCACAUCGGAGGAACAAGCUGGCCUGGGAGACUCACAUUGACAAACCUCGCACUUUAUUUCGAGGCUUCUGGAGUAAUAUCUUAUGAAACUGCUUUAAAGAUUGAUCUCUCAAAACCUGACCUGAAUCAUCAAGUGAAGCCGGCUUCUACUGGCCCUUGGGGAGCUCCUUUGUUCGACAAAGCAAUAACCUAUGAAUUGGAACCUGUUGUUUUAGAGUUUCCAGAAAUGACGAGCUCCAUUAGACGUGAUCUUUGGUUGACACUAGUUAAAGAAGUCAUCUUAUUGCAUCAAUUUAUAUCUAGCUUUAAAAUAACUUAUCCGACACAAGCAUGGGAGAUGCAGGCGCGAACCGGUUUGGGAGUAUUCCGGCUUCAUGCAGCAAGAGAGUUGCUAAGAAUAUCACCACCAUCUCCAACCAGUUUCCUGAUUUUCUCAUUGUUCGAUGAGCUGCCCAAGGGUGAUUAUGUGCUAGAAGAAUUAAGCAACAGCUUGAAGCAAAUGGACAGUGUACACCCGUGUAGCGCAGCUUCUAUAUUGAAAAGUUUAAACAUGACUCACCCAAUUGAGGUUUCGAAGACAAGUGUGGAGGCGAAGGAAUGUAUCAGUGAGCAAACAAGCUCCCAAGCCGACUCAUUUGCCACUUUGGACAUGACUGUUAAUCAAGCUAGGGAGGAGGCGAAGGAGGUUCGUGUGGCAAAAGCUACUGUUGAAUCUAUGAAAGAGGAAGGCAUUGCCGAUAGCCUCCUUAUUUUAGCGGAGUUACUGAGUCCAUUGAGAGAUUUGCUACCAUGGUUGCAAAAAAUCCUUACAUGGAAGAGACCGGCAAUCACUGUCUUUGUAAUCGCUGUUUCUCUGAUUGUCAUUUACGAGGAAUGGGUUGGCAUCACAUUAGCAGUUUGUGUGAUUUCAUUGGUUGGGAUGAUGAUUCGGGCGAGACGGGAAAGGAUUAGCAAUAAUCGUCAGGAGAUUGUAGUCUCUACCUCAUCUGAUAAAACAACGGUCGAAAGCAUCGUUGCAGCUCAACAUAGUUUGAGAAGUGUGCAUGAUAUGGUCAAGAAUAUGAACAUCACUUUAUUGAAAAUUCGAGCAAUACUUGAAUCCCGAGCUCCAAAGCAAGCAAACCAGGUGAUGUUGUCCUUGACUGCAUUGGCCAUGGUAUUAGUGGUGAUACCAUUCAAGUUCAUACUAAUGCUCUCAGUGAUCACCACCUUCACCGCGACAUUGAACGCCGGAAAAUCUACGUCAAGCUCGCAAGGCCAAGGCCACCGACGGUUUCGGGAGUGGUGGGAGUCUAUUCCUAUUGUUCCGGUUCGAACCAUUAACACUUGAACCUCUGCUAUAUGAGUUUGGAUGAUCAUUGCUGAGCUAGGAUUGUGUUAAACAUGUUCCAGACUAUGCAUGUAUUUUACUUAUUAUGUACUCAUACAUGUUCAUCACUCAAUUUGAGCAUACCCUUUUAUUUGUAUAUACACUUUGUUGUAGCUU